AUGGAGACACAACCGGCAAAGCAGCCGUCUACAAAGCAUUAUGAUAUCGUCAUUGUUGGAGCAGGACCCGUAGGGCUCAUGCUAUCAACGUGUUUGGCGAGAUGGGGAUACAAGAUCAAGCACAUUGACAACAGAUCGGAACCUACGCCGACAGGUCGUGCCGACGGCAUUCAGCCGAGAUCGCUGGAUCUCUUGCGCAACAUGGGUUUGAAGUCGGCCAUCAUGGCCCACAAGCCUGCAAGAGUGUACGAGGUGGCCUUUUGGGAUCCCCCCAAGAACGGCGGCGGCAUCGUUCGGACCGGUACCUGGGCGAGUUGCCCGAGUUUCAUUGAUGCCAGAUACCCCUUUACCACUCUCCUUCACCAGGGUCUCAUUGAGCGCGUCUUCAUUGCAGACCUCGAGAAGAACAACACCAAGGUCGAGAGACCAUGGACCAUCACUGGUUUCAAGUCGGACGAGAAGGAGAACCCGGAAUACCCCGUGGAAGUUCACCUAAAGCAUGUCGACGAAACCUCGGAAGAGACUGUCCGCGCCAAGUACCUUUUUGGUGGUGAAGGAGCCCGGUCUUUUGUAAGAGACCAACUGAAGAUUGGAAUCACCCACAAGGACCCGAUUGCUCAUGUGUGGGGUGUCAUGGACGGUGUCGUCACGACCGACUUCCCCGACAUCAAGAUGAAAUGUACCAUCCACUCUGAUCAUGGUUCGAUUAUGGUUAUUCCCCGCGAGGACAACAUGGUCCGUCUGUACAUCCAGAUUGCUUCUUCAACCGACCCAGACUUCAACCCCCGUAAGACUGCUACUGCAGAGGAGGUUCAGGCAUCGGCAAAGAAAAUCCUGGCACCCUACGAAAUUGAGUGGGAAAGAGUUGAGUGGUACUCUGUAUACCCGAUUGGUCAAGGUAUCUCGGACAAGUACACUCUGGAUCACAGAGUAUUCCUCGGUGGUGAUGCUUGCCACACUCACAGCCCCAAAGCCGGACAGGGAAUGAACACAGCUUUCCUCGAUGCACUCAACCUUGCCUGGAAGAUUCACGCUGUGGAAGCUGGCUUUGCAAACAGGGAAUUGCUCAAGACCUACGAGCCAGAAAGAAAGACUGUCGCAGAGAGUCUGCUGGCUUUUGACAACAAGUACGCCAAGCUCUUCUCGACCAAGCCCUCGGCAGACACUGUUCAAGCAGCUUCGAGCGAGAGCGGCGAGGACAACGACUUCAUCAAGACAUUCAAGGAGUCAUGCGAAUUCACCAGUGGAUACGGAGUAGCUUACGGCCCCAAUGCGCUCAACUGGUCGCCGGAUCACUCUGCAAAGUCCCCCUUGAUCCACCCCCAGGGCACCAAGCUGCGGACCGGUCGUCUGAUGAUCAACGCCAACGUCACGCGAGUCGUCGACGCCAACGUUGUGCACCUCGAACAGGAGAUUCCUCUCAAUGGCUCGUUCCGCGUCUACGUCUUUGCCGGAAACCCAGCCGUCACCGGACAGGCGCUCAAGGACUUUGCCAAGAACCUGGCCGACAAGCGCUCCUUCUUUGGCGCCUUCCAGCGCGCAGACAUUGACAAGGUCUCGCACCACGACAGCAUGAACCCCCACAGUCUCUUCUUCUCCUUCUGCACAAUCUUUGCUGCCCCGCGCAACAAGAUUGAGAUCUCCAAGGCGCUUCCCGAGCUCCUGGGCCGUUACCGAGACUGUGUGUAUGCCGACGACCGGGGCGAUCGCCGCGUUCCCGACGCCAAGGCUGCCGCCCACGCCAAGAUGGGUCUCGACGAGGAGAAGGGUGGUGUCGUUGUCGUCCGUCCUGACGGCUAUGUCGGUAUCGUCACCAGCUUGGUCGAGGGCAGCGGCACAGUGGAUGCUCUGAACGAGUACUUUUCUGCUUUCGUGACAAAGAAGCUGGGUGAGACACGAUCUCAGCUGUAG